CAUCAUGCAUCCCCACCUUGUUGGCCUCAUUGCAUGGUCACGUUAUCUGUUGUUCUUCUUCUUUCUUUUACCACUUUUAGUACCAUAGUAUGAAAAUAUUAUGAUCAGUCUUUAUAGACGUACACAAUCAAUAAUACUGACAAUGGAUCUGAGUUGUUUGGCACAAAUCACUGAUAGCUAUUUUCAAUUGUCGAUCCUUGGUGGAGAAGAACACGAACAAUGUCUCGAAAUCCUGCAUCAUCGCAGUCAACAUCGUCAUCGAUCGUUAGUCAAGGCGGUGAUAAAAAUGAUGUCAAAUUAAUUCGUCAAAUGACUCUGAUUGAUUGUAUUUCGAUAGUGAUUGGUAUAAUCAUCGGUGGAGGGAUCUUCAUAUCCCCUAAAGGUGUGUUGGUGAAUACUGGUAGCACUGGAUGGGCAUUGGUGGUAUGGGUGUUAUGUGGAGUAUUCUCUAUGUUUGGAGGACUAUGCUAUGCUGAGCUUGGGACAACAUUCAAAGUAUCUGGAGGAGACUUCUCUUUUAUCCUGGACGCUUUUGGACCAGUCCCUGCUUUUGUGAGAAUAUGGACUCGAAUAGUGGCUGUUAGGACAGGUUCAAGGGCUAUCAACUCGGUUUCGUUCGCGUAUUAUGUUCUUUUACCUUUCUACAUGGGAUGUGAAGUUCCAUUUGCUGUGACCAGACUCAUAGGGGCCGCUCUCCUUCUUUUAAUCGUUAUCAUCAACUCUCUAAGUGUUCCACUGACGCGCAAGAUCCAAGUUGCAACAUCGGCCUGUAAAGUGUUGGGUCUUAUCGUAAUUAUUGUUGCUGGUUUUUACCAACUUGUAAAAGGUAAUACAUCGAAUAUAGACACUGCUUUUGUUGAAGGGUCUAUAAAAUGGAAGACAAUACCUCUAGCUUUCUACUCUGGACUUUAUGCUUACUCGGGAUGGGAAUUUCUUCCUUCGAUUAGUGAAGAAAUCAUCAAUCCAGGAAGGACAAUUCCUUUGGCGAUUAUAAUAUCUGUCAUCUUCGUCACCAUCAUUUACGUUCUCGCCAACAUUGCUUACUUCACUGUGCUUAACUCGGCUGAACUCCUUGCUUCCAGCGCAGUUGCACUGGACUUUGGUCAACGUGUUUUUGGAAGCUGGUCAUGGAUUCUUAGUGCUGUAGUUGCCAUCUCUAUAGCAGGCAACUUGAACGGUGGAUCAAUAACUUUUGCCAGAGUAUUAUUAGUAGCAUCUCGUGAAGGACACAUCCCAAAGGUUCUCUCGAUGGUACAUAUAAAUCAGAAGACACCACUUCCAGCCGCUGCAGGCCUGCUACCCAUCUCAAUCAUAAUGUUGAUAAGCGGGGAUGUCAGUAGUUUGAUCAACUACACUGGUUUUGCCGGCUGGUUCUUUACUGCUUUAGCCUGUGCAGUCAUCCCGUAUUAUAGAUGGAAGUAUCCUAACCUGAAACGUCCCUUUAAGGUUCCUCUUGUGAUACCAAUCAUCUUUGUGUGCUGUGCAUUGUUCCUGGUUGGUAUGUCAAUCUACAGCAGUCCUGUAGAUUGUGGAAUAGGUUUAGCCAUUACUCUUCUAGGGAUACCAGUCUACUAUGUGGGCGUGGCUUGGAAGAAUAAACCAAAAUGGUUCAAAAAUGGAAUGGAUAACCUGACAGUUUUCUUGCAGCAGGUAGUGAUGGUUGUUCCACAGGACGGCGAUGAUGAAAUGAAGGAAAAACUUCAAUUUAAGGCUGAAUAAUUGGGCCUAAGAGUGCUGAAAAACACACAAAAAUGAAUGGAAGAUGAGCUCACACCCAUCAGAGACGUCCUGUAGUUAACUAGUUAUUAAUUUAUGUUUAUUAAAGAAAUAAUCUUUUUUCUCUUGUUUUUAUUUUGUAUAAAAAAAUAAUUAAUAAAAUACACGAAAAUACAUGAAAAUCAAUAAUUAUUUGCAACGGUGGAUUGCCCAUUUCAGUGACAUUUGAAAAGGGUUACUGGUCUUCUAAGGGGUAUUGAUUAAAAGAAAAUAACUUAAUGAUGUAAGAUUUAAAAUGAAAUCAAAUCAUUAAAAUAGUGAUUGAAAAAAAACAAGAAACCUAACAAACCCGGACAAAAUAAUAUGUAAUGCAACUAUUAACCAUGAUCCCUGACAAUAAGGACUAAAUCAUUAAAGAAAUGUUUUACCGGUGAUACAAAUUUUGAAAACCAUGUCAACGCUUUGUGCAAGUCAGCCCCGGUGUACAUGUAUUUGCUAUUGUCCAAGGCAAGCAACCUGUCUUCUGUAUACUUUAGCUAAAGCAGUUGUUGUUUAAUAAUAAGCCCUGACACCGGAUUGCACUCAGGAUUAGGACAUGAGUUUGGUUGAGAUGAUAUAA